GUCGGGUUGCUGCGCUUCAGGAAAAGCGUCUUCUCGCCGUACCCGCAACGGCAUUGUGCGAUAUGUAGCGGAACUUUUACUCUGGCCGCCGGAUUAAAUUUGGAGCCAAAUUUAGGAGCGUGCCGCGCACCUUUUAUUUUUUGCAAUUGGCCGACAGUCUUGGCCAAUCAUCUGGCGGCGGCGUCGACAGCGCCGCGUGUAGCAGACGGCGCGCUGCGCUCGCUCAGUCGCUGCUUCAUUAGCGGCCGCGAGAGAGAAAAAACGAAGGCGAAGAGGGACCCGGCGCUGCAGCGGAUCGUGUGCCUGCGCGCCGCUGUUUUGGAAGGCGAAAGUGCGUGUCCGACCUCCUCCCGUGUCCUCUGCCGUGCUCUUUUCUCGUGGUGGUGUUUUGGGUCGUUGCUGACCCCCCGUUUCGUGUGCAACGGUGGUGCCCCUGCGCGGAUGUACUGCUAAGAAAAAGAAGAGAGACAAAUCCGACGGCGCCAGAGCCAUGAACCGUCCGCGCUACGACGUCCCGCCGGAGCUGACGAACCUGCUGCUCGAGUUCACGGUGAACGUGAUGAUCGAGCGGCCCAGCGACCUGGUGGAGUACGCGGCGCGCUACUUCUCCGGGCUGCGCGACGAGCGACAGCGCAGCGCGUCUUCGGGCCGCCCGCCGGCGAUCGCCGAGAACGACGAGGCCAUCUACAGCGACGACGAGGAGCCCAUGCCCAAAGGGAAGGCGCGAGUUGCGCACCCACAGCCCAAACCCAGGCCACCGAGCAGCCACAGCGACCCAUUGAUUCGCUCCCCCGACAAGACGACUCCGAGACCGGGAUCGUGAAGGAACUAUAGUCUGCGACUGUCACUGGCAUCCAGUCUCACGAGACGCACCAUUCACCUGCGCAUUUGUAUUGACCGAUUCGGCAUUGCUUUGAGCUUGAUUAAGACAAUUUCAGUCUGGAAAAAUUACGAGUGGAUGUCUUACUUACAAAAGGCUUCUUGCGAGGUUGUCGUGAGGUAUGUGCUAUCGACAAUAGACAUAGUAGCAUGUUAAGUUUUUGUGGCACUGAGUAUCCCUUUCACUUCCAAUGAUUAAAGUAUAUGGUUGUGAAACUGCGCGCUAGUGCAUUCACGUUCAAUGCACGGCACCGUAAAAAUAGCAGUGUCCUUUGAGGAUUCUCUUCGUCAUGAAAUGCAGUGAUCAUGACAUGCUCGAAGAUCUUUUCUUUUUUUUUUUUUGAAAACUCUGCAUUCGCUUUUUUCCUUUCAAAUGUUUUCUAUCAAGGCUCUUUCUCACUUGUGACUACCACUAAUGGCGUGGUCAUAUGAAAGUGCCAGCUAGCAAGUGACGCGACGUGUCCAAUGUUUACACCUGCUGUUUCGAACUACCUGUUGGCACACCAAACUAUGCUUGCACUGUGGUUGCAUCGUAAAAUAAACUGAUUGCUUGUUUCGCACAUCUGAUUAAUUUCAAAGUUGGGGACUGCAGUCUGUCUGCUGAAAAAUCAAGUACUGAGUGACUGAGCCAGGGCAGUUGCUGUUUGACCGAGUGUGAGUUUGUGAGCACAUGAAACUAUUUGUGACUAGUUACUUUGCAACGACCUUAGUUGUGCGACUUUAGAUAGUUACAGCUGUAAGAAAGGAAAAUCGACGUAGAUGGUCCUGAAU